AUCCCCGUGACACAGUUUUCUCGCAUAUAAGUUCAUCCAUUUAGUCUAUCAAGCAUUGUCUUGCAAGUCUAGAGCAAUGGUGGACGAUCAGCAAGUUCCACACCUCCUCGCCAUCCCAUUCUUCUUCCGGGGCCACGAGAUCCCUCUCCUCCACCUCUGCCGCCACUUCAAAUCCCGCGGAGCAAAGUUCCUCGUCACGAUUCUUCGCACCUCCCGCAGCAAACCCACUGCUCCUCCCAAGGAUCUGGCCGGGUUCGUGAGGUUCGAGGGGUUUCCAGACGAUAUCAAUCUCCCGGCCGAGAGGAACUUGGAGCUCUUCAUUCAAUUCUUCAAACGGUUCCAGGGGGAGCUGGGCGACUUCGUGCUUGACAGGUGGCAGUGCCGCCCGGUAACGUGCGUCAUCUGCGACGUGCUCGUGGAGUGGGGCGAGCGCGUCGCGCGGCACCUGGGCGUUCCAUGGAUCGCGUUCUGGACGUCCACCGUUUUGGAGAUGGCGAUGGCUUCCCACGUUCCACGGCUCAUCGCGGAGAAUGCAAUAAAAGAUCCCGAGAGCAUCAUCAAGAUUCCAGGCCUGCCGGAUUUCCAAGUCCGCGACUACGUCACUCUGUCCAACGUGAUCAAUCCGAACUUCCCCAUGAAGUUCAUGAUCGAGUCUCUCGUUGAUACCGUGCGGCGUACCGCCGGGGCCGACAUGAUCCUCGCUAAUUCCUCCGGCCUGCUAGAGGACGACGCUAUCAAAACGCUGGAGAGCUCCGGGAUCAAAGUCACUCCAGUCGGUCCCUUACACCUGAUCGAUCAAGACAACGAUCCCAAAGAUCCAGACAAGGUAAUCUCGUGGCUGGACGAGCAAGAUCCAGCCUCGGUUCUCUACAUUUGUUUUGGAACGGUGGCUCCAAUGCCGGUUGGUCAGAUGGAAGAGCUCGCAAUGGCUCUUGAUUCCACCGGAGUAUCCUUUCUUUGGGUGGUGAGACACGACCACUUGAAGGACAUACCGCCGGGAUUCACCGCCAAGCACGGCAUUUCCAACGGUACCAACGGUACAAAUGGCGGUACCAACGGGUGUACCGCGCGGCACCGCGGGCUGCUAACCGACUGGGUGACCCAGCCGCGCGUCCUUGGGCACCGUGCCGUGGGCGGCUUCCUCACGCACUGCGGCUGGAACUCUGUGAUGGAGAGCAUCACUGCGGGAGUCCCGAUGAUCACGCGGCCGCUCAUGGGCGAUCAAACGCUGACAGCCGCGAUGCUCAGGCAGGCAUCCAUGCCCGCGAUCGCGCUCCCGACAUCAAAGGGCGGUGCCGUGACCAAGACGGAGAUUGUGGCAGCCAUCGAGGAGCUCAUGGUGAGAGAGAGAGGCGCGGAGCUCCGGCGCCGUGCGGGUGAUGCUGCGGCGCUCGUUCGCAGUGGGAUGGAGAACGGCGGGUGCCUGGAUUCUCUCGUCACUGAGCUCAACAUUCUCGCCAAGAACCCUAAAAAUCGUCUUGCCUAGAUUCACACUAUAUUUCAGUCAAUAAAGUUUGACUUUGCUUGUUUAA